GAUGCUAGGUAUGCUACUCCAACCAUAAUUUUAGGGCACCUUGGUUUUUUGCCGUCCUCUCACUUUGUCUAGCCUUUUGUUACCUGGAUUUGCCUUAAAUGUAACCUUGCAAUAGAGCUCCAUUAGUCACUUCCAAUGAAUGGGUAGUUGCAUUUAGUGAUAAGGGUUUUUGUGAAGGUUGUUUGAUCUAAGUUUUUAAAGUGCACUUUAAUAAAAGUGUUUAAUCAUGCUGCACUUAAAUUCAAGAGUGUACCAUGAUGGAGACAGUCAGUUUGGUGUCUUUUUCUUUCAGCAGUGCAUCAAUUUUUACAGGAAAUGGCAGUCCUGUUCAUACACAAAAGGGGAUGAAUAGCAAGGAUUAUUUUGAAUGACUUUCAAUUUUUAUGAUGUGUCAAGAAAAGACAGCUUUGUGAUCAAGCUUUUUUGGACCCUAAUAUGAGGAAUUAUACACAGCCCCUGCUAAAUUUGAGGGAGCUAGGAUAAAUAUUUGCUGCUCUGUAGAUGAAUGAUGCAAAGUCAUAGGCAAACGUGAAUACAUGGUGGAAUGGGAAGAAGAGGAUGGCCUUAUCGAAUUUAUUUCCUGAUAAUGUGCAUGUUCUACAUGCUAAUGGUCUUUGUUUUCCACGGCCAGCUUCAGCUCGAGAUCCUACAGAACAAGCAGAUGAGAGGCAUUGUAAGACAUGUUCACUCGGCCCUGCUCAGAUUCAAUGAUAGCUCUGUUAAUGCCAAUGGACUGAGAAGGGAUUUGUCUGACUUUAAGGUUCGUAGUGAGUCAUUCUAUAGAGGGCCAUCAUGGCCUCCUACAGACGAUUGCUUCGUUUCUCCAAAGAAUACGGAAUACACAUUCCAGACGGUGCUUCCUAAUGUUCUGUAUGUUUACUCGGCUUACUUGGAUGAAAGAACUAGUCAGGCUUAUGUCAGGGUCAUGGCCAUUCUUGCCAGAAAGAAAAAGGACAAGGUCAAAGUAACUUGUCAUUUUGGUGAUGGAGAGGGAACAAAUAUCAGUGCUAACGUAUAUGAAAUGUGUGAAAACCACAACAAAAUGAUGGGAGGAUACAUCUUUUCUUUCCCUGUGGAUAGAGGUUUAAAACCCUGCCAUGUUAUAAUUAAGGCCAAGGAAUCUGGUUCAGAUGAGGUGAAGACUGUGUCUAUGAAUGUAUCCAGGAUUUCUCCAAACUCCACACAGUACAGUUACGGCGUGUGCAUUCCCCCUCUCUUUGGAGAGGUCGAUAAAGCAAGACUUGUGGAAUUCAUCGAACUAAAUCAAUUAUUUGGUGCUCAGCAUUUUAUUUUUUAUGAUUUUCACAUAUCAAAAAACGAGACUAGAAAAGUCCUACAGUAUUACAUGGAGCGGGGUAUAGUGACUGUCAUUCCCUGGGGUGUACCGGGCGAGAUUAAGGACGCCUCCCUAUGGUACCACGGCCAGUUACUGGCUCAUAAUGACUGCAUGUUCCGCGCGAUGAGUCUCUUUAAUUUCAUGGUGCUACAAGACAUCGACGAGUACAUUGUGCCACACACGUCUCACAAACUCUGGUCGGAAGCCCUGUCCAAUCUGUUCCAAGACAGAGUUGCAGGGCUUAGCUUUCACAGUGCUUUCUUUGAUCCUGGGGAGUCGAGGGACCUGGUGACAAUAAAACAGUUGUCAAGAACUGCCAUGUACAGUAAAGUCAGAACCAAAGUCAUGAUAAAGCCGUCAAAGAUAUUCGAAGUUGGAAUUCAUCAUGUUAGCAAACCCCUAGGGGAGGAUCUAGAAAUUAAGACGGUGGAUACCAAAGUAGCCAAUCUACAUCACUAUAGAAAAUGUGUCAAAAAUUACGGCAUGAAAUGUGAUAAAUUUGAAGAGGAUAAAACUAUGCUCAAGUAUUCAAGUGUGCUAAAAAAUAGAUUUACUUAUAUUAUGAAUCUAACGUUAAUUUGACUCCUAGUACAUUUUUGAUUGUAUGUAUAAUGGCUCCCUAAAUAUUUUUUAUGCAUAAAAUCUGUUUAUUUAUUAUUAAUGAACUUUUUAAACAACAUUAAGCUGUGUUCAUGAAUGAUUUUGCCAUAAUACAAUAGCACUGUGUUGAUUUUCAUAGACUGUAAAUGACUUAUUUUUGUGUAAUUUUGUGUUUAUAAUAUUUUUUUUUUCAAAGAUACCUAUGCGAUAUGUGAAAAC